AGCCAUUGCCUUGACGAGUCAUCGCUGGAGAGGACCCCAGAGCAGGCUGAGCCGCUGAGUAACCGCUUUGAACGGGGAAUAUCACUUCAUCACCGCGGAUUUAUCGCAUCACACCCGCCUUAAGGAGCAAAACGGCGGUUGCAGAAGCGGACCGGACUUCCAUGCAGAUUGUGGUUUUGCACAUUUGAGCGAAGCAGUUAUCUUUUUAGUCUGGACCUGAACGCAGACAACCCCAAAAGAGACAGACAGACAGUAAAGUAGUACCAGAGCCGCCACUACAUCGGUGAGCGAACUUGGCAUCUCUGCGCGGUGGGAGGUGUCUGUCUGUCUGUGUCUGUCUGUCGGCUUCGGUUUGUUGCACGUACCGCUGCCAGGGACUUCGUUCACAAAAAAGAGGUUCAUGUUUUUGUAAUUACUCCAUCGUUUGUUUUUUUUUUUUCUGCAACCAACUGUGGCUUUAAUGUGACGCACCGGGCUGACAUUAGUGCUGAGUCUCGAAGAGGAUUCCCACUGCAGAGGAGUUCAGUAAAGGCUCGUUUAUUCAAGUUUUUACCUUCAUACUUCAACGGGACCAGCACAACCAACACCAAUGUGAUAGUCACAAAGCCUCAAGAAGACCAAGCCGGGCCAGGCCAGGCGAGGCCUGGCCGUUCCAGACGGGUCAGCUGGGAGAGGGCCUCAUCACAACCUGCUGUUCCUGCUUUAAAGAGAUUCGUCUGUGGCUGUCAGCGUCUGAUUGGUCUCCUAUGUUGCCAUCGGCUGUGUCUGGAUGUCGGCAGCAGGAUGGAUUCUGGACUUGAUUUGACCGUUCACACCUCGUUGCAGCGCUGGCCACGCUCCCUGACGGACUGCCUGUCGUCCCUCGCCUCCCCAGUCUUUAAGCCCCCUCUUCUUACCUGGGGCGUCCCUCAGCCCUGUAAGGAAGGGCCUUAUGGGAACUGUAGGUUGUCUUGUUAAAACGGCUGACGCUGCAGAGAGGAAGCAGAUCUGAUAAGUCCUUCCAAACUCUCACACCGAACAGUGGCUGCUCUGUCCACUAUCCUGACACGACUAGUUGCCUUUGCGUUUUUCUGAGAGUAUCUCGAGUUGCGUUCCGAAGUUUACACAGACAGUUUUGUCUAAUUCCUCACUUUUUUUUUUUCUUUUUUACACAAGUCCUUAUUUAUAUUUCCGUUUUCUUUCCUUUGUGGUCUGAGCCCUGCAGAAGAAUGUCCGAAAGUAGCAACAAAGCAGUAAAAUUCCUCACCCCUCAGCCCCCGGCAUCCUCCGACUCCCCCUGCCCGUCACCUCAAACCCCCCACAAGAAUGUGAACGGCUCUGCCAGUUCAGACUCGCACGUCGUGGAGAAGAUCGGCGAGCAGCCUGAGGUGCGUCGGCGGCGCCACACCAUGGAGAGAGACUCCAAAACAGCCGAGCACCGCUUCUUCCGCCGCAGUGUUAUUUGCGACUCCAACGCCACAGCCUUGGACCUGCCCAGCAAAGCGACUGUGCUUCUGACCUCGCCCCCUGACUGCGAAGGGGCUACCCUCUUCUUCUCCCCGCAGAUCUGCAGGCCCGAGGAACAAGAACCCGAGGGCGAGAACGCAAGAGGAUCCUACCUGCAAAGUACCGGCCUUCAGCCUUACUCUGACCAUGGUGGGGUGGUCUCACAGGGGCAUGCACAUCAUGCUGAGGGAGGUCUAAAUGCCAUCACUGUGGUUCCCACAACUAGUAGUGCUGAUUAUGGUGCAGAGGGUCCAACGAAAGAGCCAACCCCGACAGUAUUGGAUGUUAAGGAUAGAGCGGCAGGCAAACAGCCUGAUGUCAAGUUGUGUGCCAGAGGGAUUGAGGAAGCACAACGUUCGUCAAAGGACGAAAAAGUCGAUAAACCCGCGCUCGAGGGGAGCAUCAGCAGCCCGAUCGAGGAGAAGGACCAGGAGACGGAGGAGGAGAGGGGGCAAGCGAAAGCAAGAGCGGAGCAGAGGGAGGCCGAGAAACGAGUGCAAGAGGACAUAGAGGAGGCAGAGACGAAGGCCGUAGGGACUUCGCCGGACGGACGCUUCCUAAAGUUCGACAUAGAGAUUGGGAGAGGGUCUUUCAAGACCGUGUACAAGGGACUGGAUACGGAAACGACGGUGGAAGUAGCAUGGUGUGAGCUGCAGGACCGUAAGCUGUCCAAGUCGGAGCGCCAGCGGUUCAAAGAGGAAGCCGGGAUGUUGAAGGGUCUCCAGCAUCCUAACAUUGUCCGCUUCUAUGACUCCUGGGAGGGUUUGUGCAAAGGAAAGAAAUGUAUUGUUCUCGUCACGGAGCUCAUGACAUCUGGCACGCUGAAAACCUACCUGAAGCGCUUUAAGGUGAUGAAAAUCAAGGUCCUUCGCUCGUGGUGCCGGCAGAUCCUUAAAGGUCUCCACUUCCUGCACACCAGGGCCCCGCCCAUCAUCCACCGGGACCUGAAGUGCGACAACAUCUUCAUCACGGGCCCCACGGGCUCUGUGAAGAUCGGAGACCUGGGGCUGGCCACGCUGAAGAGGGCCUCCUUCGCCAAAAGUGUCAUAGGUACCCCUGAGUUUAUGGCUCCUGAGAUGUACGAGGAGAAGUACGAUGAAUCCGUAGACGUCUACGCCUUCGGGAUGUGCAUGCUGGAGAUGGCCACCUCCGAGUAUCCCUACUCAGAAUGCCAGAACGCGGCGCAGAUCUACAGACGGGUAACAAGUGGAGUAAAGCCUGCGAGUUUUGACAAGGUGGCCAUUCCUGAGGUGAAGGAAAUUAUAGAGGGCUGUAUAAGAACAAACAAAGAUGAGAGGUAUGCCAUAAAGACCCUGCUGAACCACGCGUUCUUCCAGGAGGAGACGGGAGUCAGGGUUGAACUUGCGGAGGAGGAGGAUGGGGAGAUGAUUGCUAUCAAACUUUGGCUCAGGAUAGAAGACGUCAAGAAGCUCAAAGGCAAAUAUAAAGAAAACGAAGCCAUCGAAUUCUCCUUUGACCUCAACAGAGACGUACCUGAAGAUGUGGCGCAGGAAAUGGUUGAGUCUGGCUAUGUCGCCGAGGGUGACCACAAGACCAUGGCCAAGGCGAUCAAGGACCGCGUGUCUCUGAUCCGAAAGAAGAGAGAACAGAGGCAGCUGGUGCGGGAAGAACAGGAGAAGAGGAAGCUGGAGGCAGAGAAACGGCAACAAGAGGCUUUCAAAGCUCCACACACCCAGUCGAAGACGGAAGAAACGGAGGCAGAACAACUUCACCAUCAGCAGGCGGGCCUCUCUCACACAUCUGAAGGCGGUUUGGACAGCGGACAGGGCUCCGCGGUUUUCUCCUCCGACUCCCCCCACCUGGGUCAGCUGACCAUGUCUUACAGCUGCCCCCCGUCCUCCCAGCCCCCCUCCCAACCCCAGACCCCGUACCCCCAAACCCCCGCUGCCGCCUCGCAGCAACACCCAGGCUACUCCCAGCCACCGCAGCCGAUGCCUGCGUCGCACGGCCGUCGAAGCCGUAGCAUGUCUGUUUGCGUCCCCCCUUCCUCGUACUCCUUUUCCCACGCUCCUUCGUCCCUGGCCGCUCCUCCGAAACAGCCCGCCACGCCUCCUGCAGACCUGUCCUCCCACACCUCCACCUCCGCCACCUCCCCCUGCGCACCUCUCGCUUCCGAGAGGGACACGUUCGCGGGCCGCCUCUCCAAGGCCCUGGAGACGGUGCUGCCCCUGCACUUGGGCUCCUCUCAGCCCAGGGCCAGUCAGCGGAGGGCCAGCCUGCCUGCCCUGUUCUCCACCCCUCAGCACUCAUUGCCACACGCCUUCGGCGGAGGAGCGAGCUCGGCCGGAGGAGUCCCAACUCUCCCGGAGCCUCCGGCUAUUUUCUUCCCUUCCAUCCCCGAGCGCCCCGUUUCCUUCUCUCCUCCUCCCACCGGCCCCCCGAAGGGCUACAACACCCAGAGACGUAAAAGCACCUCCAUUCUGGAGGCGCAUACACGGCACUUCCAGCCCGCCUACCCUCGCUACGGGAGCACCCUGCACCCGUUUUCUGGGAUGGAAGCUGUUGAGGGUCCGUCUCUCUUUAUGGUGAAUCCUGGCUUUGCGGCAGCGGCUCAGAGACUCGGCCCUGGCGAUUCUCUGCAUCUCCCGGGGCAAUCCGAGCCGACUUUGUAUGGCUACAAGGACAUGAGAGCGGAACACGAGGAAGCCAUGAGGCGGCUGAGUCUUAAUCAAGCUGCUUUGUUGGACCAUUACGAAGCAAUGGCAUAUGCGGGGUAUCCGAUGACUGCCCACCAGCUGGGUCAUCUGAGUUUCCAUCAUCAGAGGCAGGCAGCAGCUGCGGCAGCGAGUUUGGGCUUUGAUCCUGGUCCUCCACCUCAACCAGGGUUCAUCCACCCACAGAUCAUGCAGAGAAUAAGCGCACACAGCCCAAUACCUCCAAUGCUGCCCCCGAUGACUCCUUCCACCGGUGGUUCAAUCUCUUCUUCAUCGUCCGAGGGUUGCUUUCCUCCACAGCAUGCAUCCUCAUCCCCCUUCCCCAUUUCUGCACCUCCAGUAAUGGCCGACGCACCGCCUGCUGGAAGUGUUUUUGAGUUUCAUCUAGCUGCGGCUGCUGCGGCCGCCGCUGCAGACCCGAACCUGCUGGCGUCCAGGAUUUACAGAGCUCGCCGCAGCUCCAUGGACCUCCCUCUGGAGGACAGCUCCGGGACCGGGUCGGGCGGUUCGGGAACCUACAACCGACUCCAGCCGGUUACGGAGGAGCUCUACGCCUACAUCAGCCCAGAGCUUCCUUUGCCUCCAGGAAACCUCCUCCUUCACCACAUCGGUUUGACCGCAAAGGACCGGAGCCCUGAACCGUCCAGCGACUCUCUGGCCUCCUCCGAUGCAGGAGAGUUUCAGUCGCCUCCUCCCCCUAAUCUCCCCGCUCAGUUCGACUCGUCAGCCGCUCAGUCAAUCCCUCGGUCCUCCUCUUCCGCACACUACGAUUCCUCGGGGGGAGCCCUUCUCCAAGAACCCCAGGGUCAUCCGCCUUCAGUCCAGAACUUUUUCCCUCCCACCCCGUCGUCUGAACUCCCACCUGGCGGCGCGUCGUCGGCUCAGCCGGAGUCUCUGCAGAGUCCCUGGCCCCAGCAGGAAGCCCAACACGAUGCAGCCCACCUUGAGUCAAUGCAGGCUGCUUUUCCCCCUCUGCAGCAGGUUCAGACUCCCACCCCUAAACCAAGUUCAGGAACCCCUCUGGUUCCUGCCGCCACUCAGCCUGAUCCCACAGGGACUUCCCAACAGGCUGUGUUAUCCGGUCAGAGUUCUGUUUCUCUUCAGAGUCCAACCCACACAGCACUGCAACAGACGUCUGCACAGCCCAGUUUACCUCCGCCAACUUCUACUGUUCCCAUGGUGACCCUUCCUUCUCCGUCGGCUCUUCCGACACCAGUCGUGCCCUCCCUCCCCUCUUCUCUGCCAAUCCCUGCUGGGGUGGUGCCUACACUUGUUCCCUCUCCUCUUCCUCCUGUGCCCACACCUGUGCCUCAGCCUUUGGCCACCGUGGUGCCAGUCAUCAGCGUAGUCACCGUCCCUCCUGACUCUCCCAUGGAAGCCCCUCCUAAGUCGCCUUCGCAAUCUUCAGAGCUGUCGCAGGGCCAACUGCAGCCACCCCAAGUUCUCUCAUCUAUAGAAAGCGGCCACUCGGAGAUGUCGGGCCUGAGCGACGGAAACGAAGGAGGAGGCGGCGGCCGCCAUGAGGGUCGCUCCGCCAAACGGCAUCAGAGGCGUUCUGUGCGAAGCCGGUCGCGUCACGAGAAGACGUCCAAGGCGAAACUCCACGUCCUCAGUAUCUCCAACCGAGGAGACAGAGUGGCAGAGUGUCAGCUGGAGACUCACAACAGGAAGAUGGUGACAUUUAGGUUCGAUCUCGACGGAGACAACCCUGAGGAGAUCGCCCAGAUCAUGGUUGAGAGUGAGUUCAUCCUGGAGAGUGAGCGAGAGUCGUUCAUCGAGCAGGUCAGAGAGGUCAUCGAGAACGCUGAUCAGAAGGGAGACGCAGGAAGUCAGAUGAUGGGUGACAAGGAAGAGCUGAUUCCUGCGAUAAGCAGCCCCAUGCCGGACAUCCCUCCCAGUGCGACGUCGCAGGUGGUCCACUCAGCAGGACGGAGAUUCAUCGUUAGUCCUGUACCAGAAGGCAGACUGAAGGACCAAACCCUGCCCCCCUCACCAACACCUGCCCCGCCAACUCCGUCUGAAACUGCCCAGUCUCAUUCUCCUGGCCAAAUGUUGGUAUUUUCCCAGUCUGCGGGAGCAGUCACGUUACACCAAGCCUUCUCUGAGCUCAGGCAGAGUAAAAACCAGUACGACGCAGGUCCCAACACCGCCCCGGCCUCCGUCCACUCCACACAUCCUCCCCUGCAGCCUGCAGCGGUGGCGGCCUCCCCACACAGCAGCGUAGUCACUCCCUCCGUGGAUUCAAGUCUAAAUCAAGUCAAAGAGCAGCUCAGUGAAGCGUCUCCUCCUCCCCUCUCCUUCUCCUCGCCCUCCACCUCCGCGCCCCCCGUCUCCUUCAGUCCUCCCUUUUCUUCGUCUCCUCCUCCUCCCACCUUGGUAAAUCAGAUCAUCCUCCAGUCUCAGCCCGUGAUGCAGGCUGCGUCUCGACCACAAGCACAAAGUCAGACGCAAACCCAGCCCCCGGCUUACAUCCAGCCCCAAACGGUUUCUGCCGCCUCGCUGCCUACCUCCGUACCAACGGCCAGCAUCACCAGCAUCUCCAGCGUCCCGCCGACGGUGCUCACUUCCUCUCUUCUAGGCCAGACUGUCCCGUUCGUAUCCUCGCCUCCUUCCUCUGCUCUCGAACUCUCGUCGGAUCAUCCGUCAGUCUCCCCCACCUCAGCCUCCGCUGUCCCCACUACAGCCAUCCCAGGUCCACAGAUGUCUCCGCCCUCCUCCGCCCUUCCAGUUCCCGCAGCUGGCUUGUCCGCCUCUGUGGGUCUCCAGCCGGUGACCACCACCGUUCCUCCGGUCCAGCCCACUCUGGUCCACUCGCAGCCACAGACUGCAGCCCUGCCGGGGCAGACACACGCACACUGUGGAGAAUGUGACACGAGGACUGAGGCUUCCUCCGAGUCCGUAGGCAAACCGGACGACAUCCAAGCUCUGGACAAGAAGCUGCGCUCGCUCUUCAUGGACCUCGGCGGAGUGGUGCCGUCCACACAGGGAGACGUCCUACCUGCUGACCCCGCCUCUGGAGCCUCCGUGGCUGGCACCUCGUCCCCCAUCAGCGCCGGCCCCACCUCCACCGCGUCUGUAACGGCUCCUGGCUCCACCCAGUCGGUCAACCCACCGCUGCCCCCCUCCAGCCUGGCACUGGGCCCUCUGGGGUCAGCGGCUCCCGUGCAAGGCCCAGGGACACCUGUAGCCACCCCUGCAUCGUCCAUCAUCCCUGCCUCUUCUAUGGGUCAGACUACUCCAUCCAAAACCCCCCUAUCCAGGGUACCGGCCACUUCUCCUCCUUCAGAGCUCCUGACACCCUUACCUGGACCUUGUCUAAUACAGUCACAGCAGCCUCUGGAAGACCUGGACGCCCAGCUGAGGAGAGCACUGAGUCCAGAAACUGUCCCUGUGAGCUCACACACACAGGUCUCUUUCAGCAGUGUUCCUACAAUGGGACAACCAAUUCCAUUCUCACUGGAAGAAGAAAAAGCCCCUUCCUCUGCUCCUCCUCCUGCAGGUGGAAUUAAAUUAGGAAGAUUUCAGGUGUCCUUGGCUGCCGAAGAGCCUGCUGUCCAGCGCCCGUCCUGCACAGAGUCUUCUUCCACCACCUCCUCCUCCACUUCGUCCUCCUCCUCGUCCUCCAGCCUCUCCAGCCCGGAGAACACGUUGCACAAAGACUCCCCGUCCCGUCUGAGAGGGAAAGGAGUGAAAGGCGGAGACGUUGUGGACGGGCUCCUCCAGAAGGCUGCGGCGGGAUCCCACCUCGCCUCCCCUCUCGGUUCCCCGUGCCGCUCCCCCAAACCCACCACCACCAUCGGCCGCUUUCAGGUUACCACCAACCCCGAGACCCGCGUCGGCCGGUUCUCGGUCAGUCGCGCCCAGGAGCAGACCCAGCAGCCCGAGCAGAGCCCUCCGCCGCCUGCCGCUCGGGCUGCUGCUAACGGACCCAGCGAUCCCGGACAGGUUCUGUCUCCAGACUCGCCUCACAAAGCCUCCCUACCUAGCCUAAACAACAACUCCUUCAACAACUCCUACAUGAGCAGCGACAACGACUCUGAAUUUGAGGAUGAAGACUUUAAGCAGGAAGUCCGAGGCCUCAGAGAAAAGCACAUACGUGAAAUUCAGGCCCUCCACUCUCGCCAGAAGGAGGAAAUCGAGCGCUUGUUUACAAGGCUGGGAAAGGUGCCUCCAGCUGCUGUGAUCCCACCCCUCAUCGCCUUUACUGGCAGAAGGCGGCGGCCCACCAAAAGCAAAUCUUCAAAAUCGUCCAGAAGCAGCUCCACCCACGGCAGCAAGAGCCCUUUACAGCCAGGCAGCACUUUAUCCGCCCAGAGCGUCCCGGCCGUGUACCCCGGCCAGCUGCCUCUGCUGGCCCCCGGAGUGCUGGCCGACACCGUGCUCCAGCCCCUCAAGCAGUCCGCCUCCAGCAGCAACCUCUGCUCAGCCUACACCAGCGAGGCGGCGCUGUCUGUGCCCAGCUUGUGUGCUCCGACCCCGGGCUGUGUAAAGUUCAGCUGGGGUUCGGAGCGUGUGGCCUUCAAGCCGGGUGGCAGGAGGACGCGCUUUCUGAGUACGCCCUGCUUGGCUCUUUGGAAGAUGGUGAAAAAAGUCUGCCCCUGCAACCAGCUCUGUAGGACGAACAGCACCAAUGCAGUGAGCGGUUCAGAGGGGCUGGGUCAAAGCCAGGGCGGCUCCCAAUGUCUGGCGCCCAACAUGUCAGCACCCCACCAGAGGAAAGGAACCUUCACCGAUGACCUCCAUAAACUGGUGGACAACUGGGCCAGGGACGCCAUGAACCUGUCACAGGGUAAAAGGAGUGCCAAACAGCAGCAGCAGCAGCUGCAGCAGCAGGUCCCAGCACAGGGACACAGUUAUGAGGUCACCCAGUCGGCCAGUCUGGGCAGGAAGUACUCGGCUCCCAGCCAGCUGUGUCCCAGCAGCAUCGGAGGCUCCGCCCACCUCCCUGCAAACCCCACCAGCGCUACCUCUCUGGCUGCCAGAAAAGGCUCCCUCUGCCACCCUCCCGCCUCCUCUGCCCCGCCCCACCUCCAGCCCCCGCAGUUUAUCCCCUACGCCCCCAGUGCCGCCUACACCGCCCAGUGGUGCGGUCCGGCUCACAGCAUGACGAACCCGCAGCAAGCACCAACGCAGCCUCUCUUAGUCAGCGCCUCCCAGCCUCUGGGGCCCUACCCGCCUCCACAGGGCCAUCUACCGGGACAGGGCCCCUACCUGCUCACUGCCACUCUGCAGAAGUCGGUGAGCAGCCCAGGGGGGCCGAACAUGAGGACCACGUAGGGGCUGGCCGCCAGGGCCGGUUUUACUGACGGACAGCCCAGUCGGACAAGUGAAAGGCGGCUUGUUUUGCAGCCAGAGGAAGAGGAGAUGCAAUGGAGUGGAGAAAAAAAAAAAAA